AUGAUAUUCAAAGCGGGAGGGAAGCCUCCGGGCAAGAGUCCUCCAAAGACAGAAGAAAGAGAAAAUAAGGAGAAUUGCGUAAAAGAAAGUUGCGACCGAUGCCCGGGGGAUCCGUGGGUUUAUUGUGCAGUGUUGUGGUGUGCGUGUGCUAUGAGCCUGAUCUCAAGCGGGUACAGCCUAUACAGGCAACAGGGACUUCAAGAUAGACUUGGCUUGCUGGAGGAACAGCACCGGGCGCUGCGUAGCGCGGUGUUGGAGCCGCAGCAGCCGCUCGUGGAGAGGCUUCGACGGGAGGCUCGGGUCCCGCACUGGAGAGUAACCAGGAGCAUACGGGAUUAUGGUGAUUGCGGCUGUCCACCAGGUACGAUAACAAUAUCCACUUGGCAACUAAAUGUUUCCUUGAUUAUGUUUAUAAGUGUUAGUUGUAGAAAAUGUUAA